AUGAAGUUCUCUGCUAUUGCUGUCGUUACUGCCGCCGUGGCCGGCGUUGGCGCCGUGCCCGUUGAGUCCGGCCCCCUCUCCCACCUCCAGAACCGCGCCGCCGACGCCAUCGGCGGCGUCGUCUCCUUCAUCCGCCGCGAGGAAAUCGGCGGCCCCGUCGUCCCGCACCAGCUCAAGCGCGGCUCCCCCGUCCGCUUCCACAGCGCCCGCGACGUCGAGCACAUCCAGCGACGCAAGGACGGCGACGGCAACGACGUGCCGCCUCUCAAACCCUUCGGCACCAAGAAGGGCGGACGUGAUCUCGGAGGACUCGAGAAGCGGAAGAAGAAGCCGGAUGAGGAGGUCCCGCCGCUGGCUCCGUUUUCGACGGGCGAGGACAAGAGGGACGUGACGCCUGACUUGACGAGGAGGAAGGAUCCGCAGGAGAGUGUGCCACCUUUGGCGCCGUUUGCUGUCGGGGAGUGA